AUGUAUCAUUACAACCCGUCGCUGGUUUGUCAAAUUAUUGAUGCGGUGGUUUGAAUCACGUUUGAAUUGAAGUGCGAAGCUUCGCAUUCAGUUUUAUUUGCGUUUUGUUGUUUUCUAGUCAUAACAUAAAAUAGGUAAACAAGUGAGUUGUACGUAAUUCGUGUUGUGCUACUGGCAUUGAGUGUAAAAUUAGUUAAUCAUGGUGUUGGCUGAACGAAGCAGUGAUGUUCGAAACGGGAAGCGAUCGAGAGGGCCGAGCCCUAAUGGCCAUGGAAGUCCUGAUUCAAGCUCAGAAGAUGAGAACGUAGUACCAUUUGCAGCUGAGAAGAUAAGAGUGGGUCGAGAUUAUCAGGCAGUUUGUCCCGAGCUGGAGCCUGUGGAGCAAAGGAAACCUGAACAAAUAUCUGAUAGAGCUUUGUUGGUUUGGUCACCGACAUCUGAUAUAUCUGACAUUAAAUUGGAUGAAUAUAUAACAACAGCAAAGGAAAAGUAUGGGUACAAUGGUGAACAAGCAUUAGGAAUGUUGUUUUGGCAUAAACAUGAUCUCAGUCGUGCUUCCAUGGAUCUUGCUAACUUCACACCUUUCCCUGAUGAAUGGACAGUUGAAGAUAAAGUUCUGUUUGAACAAGCUUUUCAAUUUCACGGAAAGAGCUUCCACAGAAUAAGGCAAAUGUUACCUGAUAAAUCCAUUGCAUCAUUGGUAAAAUAUUAUUAUUCAUGGAAAAAAACAAGAGCUCGCACAUCAUUGAUGGAUGUAGUCGGUGAAGGUCGUAAUGCUACCGGUUCAGGUACAGGAAAGAGGGAAUCCGGAGCGGGCUCCGAGCAAGGCGUGUCUGAUAAGGACUCAGACAAUGAUGAAAAGGGCGAGGGCGGCGGCGGUGCGAGCAAGUGGUGCACCGUCUGCGGCAUUCUGUGCACACAAACGACGCCGCACAAUUCCCAGAAGUUGUGUCAGGCAUGCCUCGUGCACGCCAGACGCACGGGGACGAUGCGGCCGCUUUGCGGUCCGUCGGGACGACGCGGCCCCGGCAAGCAACAGAGAUACAAGCAUCGUUUGCCGCGCGGCAUUUACAUCAAUCAUGACGAUCUCGUUGCCAUGGCAACAGGUCCGCAGCCCGGUGACCCUCCGCAGCCCGGCAUUAUCAAUCAGGGCGAAGCCAUGCUCAAAGCUAUGGACAGAGAGAUCAUAUCGCUCAAGAGACAAGUUCAACAGAAUAAGCAACAAUUAAGUGCCAUGAAACGUAAAGUUGGAGACGCGGGAGUUGAAGAACUCAGACCCGGGGAACCCCCUGCAAAGAUUAACGCGCGUUGGACAAAUGAUGAAUUGUUAAUGGCAGUUACAGCAGUAAGGAAAUAUGGCAAAGAUUUCCAAGCCAUCGCGGAAACUCUCGGCACGAAAACAGAAGCCCACGUCCGUACUUUCUUCAUAACGUAUCGACGUCGCUACAACUUGGACGCGGUGCUGCGGGAACACGAAGCCGAUCGUGGAAGUGCAAAUCAUAUACAACAAGGUACAACAAGUACAGAAGGUGGUGACAAUGUAGCUGAUAACACCAGCGGGAAUGGCACCGCUUCCCCGCAAGCUAACGCAAAAGAUGAGAAGACGGAGGUAGACAGCGAAGGCGUGGCUAUCGGCGCGUCGGCGGAGCAGGGCGGGCCGCCGACCACUCCACCGAAGCACAAGCCCGCCAAGUGAUGCAAGACAUACAAGCGGACACGCUGCAAUACAUAACACCGAUACAAAUAUAUAUAGACGUUUUCAUAUAUCUUGGCCGCUCGGAACAUCGUACGAGUGCACAGAACAUUAUGUUAGAAGUUAGUGCGCAUGCGCAGAUGACCUUGAGCCUCCAAAUAUAUUGAAUUAACCUCUAGAACACUUACGCUCGUAAUAUAGAGUAUUGGAGUAUCUCAUCUCUUUACAUAUGUAAGGAAAUUAUAUAUAAGUUUGUAAUAUUUAUCUUUAUUUCGUGAAUUUAGUUGCGUUAGAUAAAAACUUACAUUUAAGUGUAUAUAUUUAAUUAUGUCGAAAUUAAUCAAUUGGAUGUACUGAUAUUUAUUAUUUGUUUUAUUAUAGUAAUAAAUUCUUUUAAAUGUAGAAGUAUGAGUAAGAAAUGAAAUACUGUUUAUGUGAAAGUAAAUUCUUUUUUUUUUAAAUUGACGUGUUGGUAAUAUAUAUUGAUAUUUCUCAUAAAUAAGUAAUUAAAAUUAAAAAAAGCAUGUUUAUUGACAUAUUUUCUAUUGUAAAGAAAAGAAUUGACAUUAAAAUAGCUCAUUCCAAUUUAUAUGAUAAGAAAGAAACAUAUUCUAAAGUUGACAAACACCAUUUUUUACAAUUUAGUAUCUGACAAGCAAUAAUAGUUAUAUCAAGCUAUUAAAACAAACAAAACUAUAAAUAUAGAAUUAAAUUGUAAUGUUUAUAUUUAUAAAUUACUGAUACACUCAGAGACGAAUCAUUGCUUAAGCAAUACUUUAGUGUAGCUUUCUCUUACUAAAUAGUCAGUAUGAGAAAACUACAAAGGAAAUAUUUAAGGGUGUCUUUUAAUUAUGACUAUUUAAAUGUCUCUGAGUGAUGAUUCCUAACAUAAGUUCAAAUGUAUAUCAGGUGAUAGUAAGGAUGUGAAAAGAUCUAGUUUUGUAAUAUGAGUCAGUAUACGGAAACGGAAGGUUUUUUUUUUCACCUUUGUAAAUAUAUUUAUAAGUUUGGAAUUAGAUAUAAGAUUUUUUUUAAGUUUAUGUAGAGCACUAUUACUUUAAAAUUUAAAACACUUCAAAUUUUUCAUUCAUUUUGUUCAUUCGUCAUUCCUUAAAGGUUAUAUAAACAUACAGUUUUUACCAUCCAUGUCUUAUAAAUUUAAAAAAUAUAUUUUUUUUUAUUUUGC